GGUGCAGUGGUGAACAUGGCUCAGGAGUUCAGGUCGGGCUGGUUUUGGCGAGGGGUGAUGGCCGAGUUCGUGGGAAUGAUUCUCUUUAUCUUUAUCGGUCUGGCGUCCGCCGUCGGGAACAAGCACAACUCUGGUCCGGAUCAGGAGGUGAAGGUGGCGCUGGGCUUCGGUCUGGCCGUCGCCACGCUGGCGCAGAGCCUGGGGCACGUCAGCGGCGCCCACCUGAACCCCGCCGUGACUGUGGGGGCGCUGGUGAGCUGCAGGAUCAGCGCUCUGAAGGCCCUGCUGUACGUCUCGGCUCAGAUCCUGGGGGCGGUCCUGGCCAGUCUCAUCAUGUCCCGGUUAACCCCGGGAGAAACCUCGCUCGGGGUUAACAGCGUGAAUUUUAUAUUUUGUGUGUACUGGGCGGGGCCUAUGUUGGGGGGCGUGGCCGCAGCUCUGCUGUAUGACUUUGCGCUGCAGCCCCACAGUGAGCCGUACAGCCGGCGAAUCAGAGCUCUGAGAGGAGAGGUGGGGGUGCGGGAGUCCUACUAA